AUGGAUAACAGCUCUGAAAAAUGUCGAUAUUGCUCAUCGCAGCCAGCAAGUUCAAGUAGCAAUGUGUGGAUCCGCUGCGAUGCCUGCCAUGAAUGGUACCACGCCCAGUGUGUUGGCCUAGAUUCCAAAGAGUGCGACCGAAUCGAGCAGUAUCAUUGCCCUCAAUGUAUAAGACGCCAUGGACCAUCGACGUACAAGCCCAGCGUGCGCAAGUCCCAACGAGAACGCGCUCGAUUGAACUAUGCCGAUCUCAACAAUGGCAAAACAGCAGACCAGGCGAUAUGGAAGAGGAUAUUGAAUGCACAGACGUUCGCCAAAGACCCAUUCAAACGAUACCAAGGAUCCCAAGUUACGUUGGAGUUAUUACGAGAGACGGGCAUGCGAGAGCCGUUUAUCAUUGAAUCACCGGAGGGCCUUGAUAUGAAAAUGCCUUCACAAUCAAUAACCGUUAAUGACAUUGCUGAUGCCAUUGGACAUGAUCAUCCGGUGGAGGUUAUGGAUGUCGCCACACAAUCCGAGGUGCCUAACUGGACAAUGGGACAAUGGGCAAGCUACUACAAUGAUCAAGAGAAGGAUCGGACCCGCAAUGUUAUCAGCCUUGAGAUUAGCGAUACCAAACUUGCCGAAAGCAUUGUACGACCAAGAAUUGUCAGGGAAUUAGAUUGGAUUGAUCAAGUUUGGCCGAGUAGCCUCAAACCACAUGAAUACCCCAAAGUGCAACUUUAUUGUCUCAUGGGCAUCAAGGAUUCCUAUACAGAUUUUCAUGUUGAUUUUGGUGGAAGCUCUGUAUUCUACCAUGUCGUUAAGGGAUCCAAAGUGUUUUACUUUAUUGAACCGACGACAACCAACCUUCGAAAGUACCAGAAAUGGAGCUCUUCUCCUGAUCAAAGCAUGACGUUCUUUGCGGAUGAAGUCAAGAAGUGUUACGCCGUGCAUAUCAAACAAGGAAAUACAAUGAUUAUCCCCACAGGAUGGAUUCAUGCUGUUUACACACCCGAAGAUUCUCUUGUCAUUGGUGGGAAUUUCCUUCAUGCAAUGAACAUUGGUGCACAGCUCCGAGUUUCUGAUGUUGAAGAUGCAACAAAGGUCCCAGCAAAGUUUCGAUUCCCCUACUACAAGCGAAUGAAUUGGUAUGCUGCACGCUAUUAUCAUGAUUUAUUACAAGUAGAUCAGGGAACAAAAAGCGUGUUAUCGAAGUUCGAGCUAGAGGGCCUUAUCUCCUUGGCACAAUGGUUAAAGAAGGACAUACAAAGUGGAGCGCGAAAAGACAUUCCCCAUGACAUCCAUGAUCCAUCCACAUUACUGUCACAGCUCAUCAACAUGGUUGAAAAUGAAAUGGAGAAGCAACAGAUACCAAAGCGAAAAAGACGCGACUCAACGGACUCCCUUGGAAAUGUGACCGAUGAUCAAGUUAAACAAGAAGGUGAUGAUGAUGGCUUGGUACGUGAAAAGGUGGAGACGGGAUCAUCGGCGAAACGGCGGAAAUCGAUAGGCAAAGACCAAGUUGAAACAUCUUAA